AGCAAAAUGAGUGGAAGCAACAAAAUCUUUCUGAAUUGGCGGCCGCUCAUUUUCCUGAAAUUUGCAUAGAAUCAGAGGAGUGAAGAGUUUAUCUUCUGUGAAUUCACCAUGAGGGCUAAGUGGAAGAAGAAGCGUAUGAGGAGAUUAAAGAGGAAGAGACGAAAGAUGAGACAGCGAUCUAAGUAGAUUUUCGAACAAACCUGGUUUUGUGUUUUGCUUUCGUUGUUAAAUCCAACUCUGUUUUGAGUUUCAGUUUGAAUGUUUCGUUGGACCAAAUUAAUAUGGAAGUUAUGUUUUCUAUUAUAUAUCUUACAAAUGUUGAUGUUCUACUAUUCUCUGAAUUAUAAUUUUGAGAUUAGAUUUGGGU